UGGGGAUUAAACGGGUGGUUAAAACAAAGGUGGUUCCCUCGCUGCUGCACCGGGGCUGACGGCACGGAGCUGCUCAGGUAGCCAGCAGCGGUAGUACUGUGGGCUCCCGCUAGUCUACCUAGCGACACUUCCCCUCCUUUCUGCGUGACACACGGUUGGAGCGCGUGGAGGUGCGAGCCUCGGACGAAUCCACCCCGCACCACAACCAUCAUCAUCCUCAUCAUCAUAAUAUUCCGCUCAGGUCACCUUAGCGCUCGACUACCGGCAUUUUCCACCCCCCGUCUCCGAAGAUGAUACCUGGCAAACGAAGAGCCGCAGUCAUGUCCUUCUCGGUGGCGAUAUUUGGAGCGUUGAUGCUGCAGUCCGUGUCUUCCCAGAACGAGCCGUCAAUUGCCGCCUCUGAACACGCCACGCUUCCUGUGGAAGGCGACGUUCUCACACUGCAGUGCAACCUGACCACCCACCACGAUAUCCACAAGGAGAGCUACUGGAUGAAGAAUGGGGAGCUGAUCCCAGACACACGCAAUGAAAAUAAGAACACUGAAUACAGGCUGAACAAACCAAGGGGAGACGAUGCUGGAGUGUACAUGUGUGUCUACACCUUUGAUCUGGCUCCUUCGGCCAACGCCACCAUUGAAGUUAAAUCUGCUCCUGAGAUUAUAGGCCACAAGCGUAGUGAGAAUAAGAAUGAGGGCCAGACUGCUAUACUCUACUGUAAGUCUGUGGGCUAUCCUCAUCCUGUCUGGACCUGGCGGAAGUUUGAGAACGGCGUUUUUAGGGAAAUUGACAACUCGACUGGACGCUUUUUCAUCAGCAGCAGAGACAACUACACUGAGCUCCACAUCCUCAACCUGGACAUUAGUUUAGAUCCAGGCGAGUACCACUGCAAUGCCACCAACAUAAUCGGCAGCCGUGACGAGAAGAUUGUGCUGAGGGUCCGCAGCCACUUGGCCCCCUUAUGGCCUCUGCUGGGGGUUUUGGCCGAGAUCAUUAUCCUGGUCAUCAUCAUCGUUGUUUAUGAGAAGCGUAAGAAGCCAGAGGAUUUACAGGACGAUGAUGACCCAGCUGGACCAGUGAAAACCAAUUCAACCAACAACCACAAAGAUAAGAACCUCCGCCAGAGGAAUACAAACUGAGCAGCCCGUCUGCUGAGUUUCAUUACACAUGUAUUGACCAUAUGAAGGUAAACAAGAAGGGAAUCCAUACCAGUUGUUAAUAGGAUGUAUCUGCCAUUAAAGUAUGGUUGUGGAGGAGUUAAAUGAGGCAUGCCUUAUGAUUUUGUUGUGUGAGGUCAGGAGGUACUCAAAGCAUUAUGGAAUUGCUAACAUUAUAACCAUUGUUGCUGCAUGCGGUUGUUGACGUUUAUGAUUUUUCCUUCUUACCCACUAAUUUUACAUUUUUACUACUUCUAAAAUAAUGCAUGCAAGCUGUUGACCUUCUGUUUGACACAGAAAUGGCUUUUUUUUUUUUUUUUGGGUUUUUUUCUCUGAGAGUGGCUUCAUGUAGAUAAUCUGUACUGUGUGUUAUAGAGGAAAAACAAAACACGACAAUGUAAAAGAAAAUACCACCAUAAUCUGGUAUGACAGUUAUGUACAGUUUUAUCAUUCCACUGCAUACCAUUUUCUAAGUUUUAUCAUUUUAUCAGAAAAUAUCUAUUACAUUUUAAGGGCUUUGCAAUGUCCCUCUAACUUUGGUUAAGGUUUACUUUACUGUAUGUAUGUACUGUAUGUAUUAAAUCACUAUAACUAUAUAUCAGAUCACCAUUAAUAUAAAGAUUAUUCAUAUUAUAUGAUGCACUUAAAUGUUGAGGAUAAUGAAAAACUGUAUAAAUCUACUUUAGGUAAACUGUACUAAUCAUUCUAAAAUAUUGUUUUAUAAUUAUGUGUAUUGUACAGCAUGGCUAUUAUCCUAUGCAAUUAUUAUCCAUAUCAAUAUAUUGAAAAUCAUUGCAGCUUUUGAUUUCUCUGUGACAAAGCUUUAAACUAGUAGGAUCACCAUAGAGUGUUGAUGGCAUACUACACAGCUGCAUGAAUUCUCUACAGCUGGCGUGGGAGGUGGUGAAAGAAGGCCCACGUCAGGACUGACACAUGUGAAGCAAUCCCAAGAUCCCGAGUCAUUUUUAAGAAUAAAUAUCUCGAAAAAGAAAA